CAAUCGUAAAGUUUAUCUCAGGAAUGAUGUAAUGUAUCGUCUUCGCAACGUUGUUCACACAGUUCAACGACGCCUUAGCGAGAAAGCUACUGCGGAGGCGGAUUAGUGCUCGUUCAAGCGAUUUUGUGGCUACCUGAGACUGGCUUCAUCGAGAUCGAGGUACAAUGAUGGCGCCAGCUAAAGAAUAUAGAAGGGCCAACAAUGUUGGCUUCACCAAUAGGACUUGUAUCUACUACAUGGAAGCAGAUUCGAUGAGCCUGCUACUCGAUCCUUCAUGUAUAAAUUCUGGACUAGGACAAGCCCAAGCAUAUUUCUUCAAUGGCCGGAUUCAUUGAGCGCCUGUGAGGAGCAUGGAAUAAACCGAGAACAGUAUCGACCAGUGGGUAUAAGAAUGAGGCUUUGCCGUCUGUUGUAGACAUUACUUCCUGCAUUCAUAGAGCUUAAUCUGCAGAAACCUCAAAAAAUGUCACCAUUAUCAACUCUCGCUAUUUCUCUCAUCUUCUUACCUGCAUAUGCACUCGCCUAUACCAAGAAUGGUUUGAACAGCGACCAAGAGCCUCGACAACACGCUUUGACUCUCCAAAAGUCGUCAGACUUCACCUCUCAGGGCAAAGGUUGGGGUCAGUAUUGCACCAGGAACUAUGAGUGUGACUCUGGCUGCUGCGAUUGGGAGAAAGUCACACCUGGCUACGGCAAUGGGAUGUGCGGUAACUCAAAUGAUUGCUGGUGGUCGAGCGAAACCCAGGAUGUGCAGUCGCAAUCCGCACCUGCGACUGGAUACUGUCCCAACCAGUUCGGAGACGGUACAGUGUUUUUCAGCGCUGCGAAGGGCAGUGGCAUUGCUCUUUGGGUUUCCGAAGAUGGCCGGCUUAAAUAUGUCAACGAAGGGUUAACGUUCACUGAGUCGCGCAAUGACGCUGCUACUUUCAACGUCUCCACAUCACAAUACGGACGAAAACUUUCUUUCCGCGACAAAGUGUUGAUCAAGCACCCCGAUAACGACAAUGGCUUACAGAUGCGGGCUGAUGAGGAGAACGCUGCCCUCAUUACAUUUACAAAAUUCAUUGCCCCAACCUGGAAAGAAGAUACUGGUGCAUUACGAGACAAAGCAUUGAUUGAGUUGUUGGAGUCGGUCUGCGGGACUAAUUCGACGUGUGCGACCAUAUUGAGUCAACAUCUCCAACCUGACAACGUUGCCGACUUCACUUCGUGCGAGGAGUUUGACUCUUGA